ACGACCUCCCGCGACCCACAAGCUGGAGAACGUUCGCUUCACCGACGUCGUCUGGUUCACCACGAUGACGUCCACAGGGACUCGCGGGCCGGAGCUGGUGGUGUACAUGAACAUGCUGUACACUGACCUGUCGUACAAGCUCAGCCUCCUCACCCAGAACCCGAGGACCAACAACAGCGGGUCGGCGCAACAGCUGAUCGACUUCUCGGAACCGCCGGAGCUGAAGUCGUGCCGCGUGAGGGCGCGGGGCGGCGGCACGGCGCGGUUCUGGGCGACGUGCGAGUCGGCGUCGGCGCUGUACCAGCCGCUGUACGUGCAGUGGAGCUACCACUUCCUGCGCUACGGCGGCACCAAGACGCUGUUCUACCACGGCGCGCGCAGGAACUUCGACUUCACGCUGCCGUCGGGGCUCGAGUCCAACGACAACAAGAUCUACGUGUCGGUGAAGGCGGUGGACGGCAAGGGCGUGGCGUCCAAGUACCAGGAGGUGACGGGCGGGCUGCAGGUGAAGCCGCGCUCCGAGAGCGGCGACGGCGUGCUGUCGCUGUUCAAGGAGAUCUCGCGCCUCGAGAACGAGAGCCCGCCGCUGCUGCUGCAGGAGGUGCGCUCGCUGGCCUGGGAGCUCAACCUGCUGGAGACCACGCAGGUGACGCAGACGGUGUUCGACAACAUCGUGGCGCUGCUGUUCUACCAGACGCGCUGCAAGGACAGCAUGGAGACCGUGACCGACCCAACCGACGAGUCGGUGGCGGCGGCCAACAGCGGCGGCGCCGGCAUCCUGUCCAAGGUCAACCUGCUCAAGUCGUGCGCGCGGGACCACCUGGUGGAGCUGGUGGCGAGCCUGCCCGUCAGGGACGAGAUGGAGGUGAUGCAGGUGCUGACGGCGCUCGAGGUGGUCGUCGACGCCAACGAGUUCAUCUCCAGCAAGACCUUCACGCGCGUGAUCGAGGCCAUGCGCGCCGCCCAGCGCAGGAUGUGGUGGAACUACAACCCGGAGAUCAGGACGCAGGCCGCCAAGGAGUACUUCGUGCUGACGUCGGAGGUGCUGGACAAGCAGACGGAGAUCUACGACUGGGCCAGCAGCUCGCUCCUCCUCAGCAGCGAGUUGGUGGAGCUGCUGCUCAAGGUGAUGGAGAACGAGAUCAGGAUGCGGUUCCUGAACGAGCAGCCCCUCUCCUACUCGUCCUCGACGCUCAAGUACACGGGCUACCUGGCGGAGACGGACGACCUCAACCGCUGGAGCAACUCCGUGCUCUUCGCCUUCAACACGAGCAGCCUGCCCCGCGGCGUCCACCUGGUGCAGAGCCUGGAGCACAAGCGCUCGCCCUUCUACUUCAAGGACGACCUCAUCGUGUCCGAGGUCGUCAACGUCGACCUCCACAAGAACAUCCUGAAGUCCGUCACGGUGAAGCUCCCCCGCUCCAAGCUGGCCACGGACGUCGAGUACGACUUCCGCCGCCCGGGCAUCCUCUCGCCGCAGUCCCUGACCGCGUACGAGUUCGAGGUGAAGGACGAGCACGCCGCCCUCGCCUUCCACGUCCUCCUGCAGGUGGUGCGGGUCCUCAACACGGACUACCCUGUGGCCGCCGUCGUCCUCAUCUGCCAGAAUCUGCAGAGCCUUCGGGAGCCCCUCUACAAGGAGGAGCUCCAGGCGACCCUCGAGCCGUCCCAGGUCCAGCUCUCCCUCGAGCCCGGCCAGCUCUCCAAGGGCCCCAAACUGCUCAUCAUUAUGGACAAGAACAGCUACGAGCAUAACUGGUCGCACCACAACGAGUCGGUCCAGGGCGCCGACUUCCUGGUGGCGGCGUGGUGGUCUCAGUGCCUCAGCUGGAACAACACCGCGUGGUCGCAUAAGGAUUGCGCCGUGGAGGGCAAUCUCUCGACGUGGGACCUCACGACGUGCAGCUGCCACACGACCCACAGCAUCUACGGCGCGCACACGGUCCCCAUCCUGAGCAAGGAGAGCACCGUCGCCGUCAACGACCUGAUGCUGGUCGAGACGUACAUGGCCCUCUACUUCAUCGUGUUGGUCCUCGUCUUGUACUUCGUGCUCGCCCUCGGCCUCCAGACGUCCGAGCGGCACCGGCUCAAGCGGAGGAACAUCUGGCUGAGGGACAACGACCCGGGGCACGAGUGGGCGUAUCUGCUCACCAUCAAGACGGGGACGCAGUGGAACGCCGGCACGACGUCGAAGGUCUACGCCAUCGUCCACGGCACCCACGGCAUGAGCGAGACGAGGGAGCUGCAGUCCAAACAAACCGGCCAGCUGUUUACGCGCGGGGCCCUCUGCACCUUCAUCCUCAGACAGGAGCCCCUGGGAGACAUCCUGAAGGUGCAGCUGUGGCAUGACAACAGCGGAGGGAGAAGCGCCGGGUGGUACGUGUGCGAGACGAGUGUGGUGGACCUCGUGCUGGGGGCGAGGUACGCCUACCCGUGCUACCGCUGGCUGGCCGUGCAGGCGGAGGAUGCCAAGGUGGAGCGAGAGAUCACCUUGGAGAGCCCGACCACCUUCUUCCAGGAUUUCGAACACUUCCUGCCCCAGUACGCCAGCGAACACAUGCUCUGGACGUCCCUGCUGACCACGUCCAGCACCGCCAAGUUCUACAGGCUGCAGCGGCUGACCAUCUGCCUGAUCGUGUGUCUCUGUCUCGGCACCAUAUCGCUGGCUGUUGUGCAGAGAAUCAACACCGAGCACACCAUGAUGGUUCCUGACAUGCACAUCGAACCCAUGUACUACGGUUGCAUCAUCGUGGCUCUCCUGCCCGUGCAAUGGCUGCUGGAAAUGGUCUUCAAGAUGAGCAACAGAUUGGAGGAGAAGGAGUACAACAACAAGUCGGUGCUGGACACGCUGCGGGCGACGCGGGAGAGCGGGGCGGCGCCCCCCCCGAGGGGCGACGGCGACGGCGACGGCGAGAGCGACGCCGGGCUCAGCGACGAGGAGAGCGAGCUGUACAACCCCAACUCGAGCACGUGGACCGCCCUGGCCAGCGCUCGCGGACGCCCAACGCCGCUCCGAGCGAGGGCCCGCCGGAGGAGGCGCUGGGGCCCGCCGACCCGCCGCCCGGUGCGCCGAGGGCAAGGCGCGGCCCCUGCCCGCGGGCGGCGGCCGCGACGCCGCCAAGAAGUGCUCGCCCACCAUCUUCGAGUUCCUGGCGGAGCUGCGGCGCGCCUUCGCCUGCCUCGUGCGGAUCCUGCUCGAGGGGCGGAGGGCCAGGUGCAAGGCCGGGCGCGGCAGGAGGACGAGGCCGGCUGGGAGGCGGACGAGGACGAGGACGAGGACGACGAGGGCGAGGGCGGCGAGGGGCGGGCGGCGUCCAGCCUGACCUUCAUCUUCUCUCAGUGCGUCGGUUGGAUCGUCUGCUGCUUCUUCGCCGCGAUGUGCUGCAUGGUCCUCGUCGUCAGAGGCUCGAGAAUGCCAAUGGACUACUGCGCCGUGUGGCUUCACAUUAUCUACAUGACCUUGUGCUUUUCGAUGUUCGUCAUGCAGCCUCUGGUCGUGGUCAUAUACACUUUAUACAAGGUGUGCAUGUACCGGUGGCUCGGGUGCAGGGGGUGCAUCAGCGACUGCGUGACCGUGCCCUUGGACCAGGUCGUGGCCAUCUGGAACCGCUACCAGACCGUUCUGCGCGGAUACAAGGAGCGGAGCGAGGAUAUGAGUAACGAGAAGCUGCUGGAGGAGCGGCAGCGAACGCGGGACCUGCGCUUCGCCCACCCGCCCGGCGAGGACUACCUCCUGCGCUGCCGGGAGAAGGAGGCGCAGCGGGACAAGGUCUCGAGCCUCUUCCAGAGCGUGCUGGGCCUGGUGCUCAUGCUGGCGCUGCUGCUGGUGAUCGCCAGCAACUCGAACGUGUCGGAGCGGUACAUGCUGAACGCCUCGACGCUGACCGCGCUGGAGAACGGGAGCUGCCUGGACCGCGAGAAGUACCAGGGCAGCUGCCACGCCCCCUACGGCGAGGCGUGCAACCUGACGGAGAACGAGGACUACAUGCGCUUCCGCUCGAUCGUGACGAAGGAGGACUGGUGGAAGUGGGCGUCGUCGGAGCUGAUCGCCCUCGCCUACAACGCCGACCGCGCCUUCUCGCAGUUCGGCGUCUUCUGCGACUCGAGCAGCGUGCUGAUCGGGCGGCCGCGCAUCCGCAAGUACGACAUCAACCCCGAGGAGUGCGAGGCGGCCAAGUACCUGGUGACGUCCAACCGCUCGCUGGCCGACCUGCUGCACGUCCAGUCCUGCUUCCCGGAGUACGUGGACAACGUGUCGCACGUGUUCAGCUUCGGCUCCAACCAGAACAAGGAGUACCAGUGGGACGCGCACUUCCUCGCCGUCAACUACGGGAAGUUCAGUCAGUACAGCUACACGGAGCACCAGCAGGACCUCCCGAGCUCGCCCGCGUUCGCAGUCUUCCUGCUGAUCCUGCUGGAGGCGUCGCACUGGAUCAACGAGCAGGCGACGCGCGCCGUCGUCACAGAGAUGACCUUGUAUCACCCGCAGACGGACCUGUACACGGCCAUCAACCUGCUGGCCGAAUUCCCGUCCCUGUCCGGCGCCCAGGUGACGGUGCGAGUGUCGUCGACCGCCGUGGAGCGCUACCGAGGGACCUGGUCGCUCGUGUGCAUCAUGGCCGAGGUCGUCCUGGUGGCCGUCUCCAUGCACUACCUGUACCGCACCACAAUCUACGUCUACAAGUGCCGCCUGAAGGUCUGGAAAUCCUUUUGGGGAUUUUUGGACAUACUGAUGACGAUCUUGAGCUGGAGUUACGUCGUGUCCCUCAUGCUGCGCGUCCACAUAGCCGAGUACAUCAUGUGGCAGUUGAGAGUGGCUUACUUUCAGAAGUAUGUCAGUCUCAAAAGCCUCACGACAUGGGACAACAUCUUGGAGUCCCUGGUCGGGGGGAUGCUCCUCGUCCACAUGAUCAGGUGUAUGAGGAUGAUGAGGUACCUGUCCGUGUUCCGACGCCUCGGCCACGUCCUCAACGGGGCUGCCAAGGACGUGCUGGUCGUGACGGUGAUGCUGCUGGGGCUGUUGGUAUGCUGUAUGCUCCUGGGCUACUUGUGGUUCAGUUCGCUGCUGUGGGAGUUUCACACGGUCCUCGAGGCCUUCCUCAGCCUCGUCAGGAUCAUCCUGACCCACGUGCCCUUCAUCCCGAACCUGGAAAGCAAGACGAACGGCUACAUCACAAGCCUGGGUUACCUCUACUACCUGCUCACGUACGUCCUUCUGUACCAGCUGACGAAGGCGCUGUACAAGGCGGCUUUCAUCCACGCCAUGAAGUCCUACGUGGCGAUACCAGGCGUGGACGUCGCGUGGAGGGACAUCAAGGUUUAUGCGAAGGAAAGAUUUCAGUCCUUCCUGCGGUUCAUUCAGAGAAAAGAGGAGGUGGUGGAUGAACCGAAGGAUAACACGCCCCCGGACUUCUACAUGGCAGAGUUGGAGCUGCAGAUCAACCAGAUCCUGGGCGGCCUCGACAACCUGGCCGAGUCCCUGGGGAUCGUGACGGAGCGCGUGGCCGAGCUGGACGAGGACGAGGACGACGAGGACGACGAGGAGGAGUCCCGGGACAGCCACGGCGACGGUGAUGACGACGCCGACGAGGAGGAGCAGCCGUUCCCUGACCGCGGGCGGGACUGGCUGGCGGAGGGCUUCCUGCAGGGGAAGGUGAAGAGCUCCACGCCCAAGACCGAGCUGGACGUCAUCCUGCAGCCGCUGCAGAAGAAGGUGCAGGAGCUGCUGGACCAGGCGGAGAGCGGCGAGCGGGAGCCCUUCGCCGGGGCGGGGGCGGCCGACGACAGGCUGGCGGAGGCGGAGAGCGCGCAGGACUCGCCCUUCGAGACGUCCUUCAACCUGGACGCCUUCACGGACAUCGCCAGCUGCCAGACGGAGAUCGAGGCCAUCACGCGCUCGUGGAACCUGAGCGCGCUGCCCGGCGACCCCGCCGCCAGGACCUGGGCGCAGGACGACGGCGGCCAGCUGGCCAAGUUCCUGAAGGACGUGUCCGUGUCGGCCGCCUCCGACGAGUCCCUGCAGGCGUUCGGCAAGUAUGGCAAGACGGUGGGCAAGCUCAAGGCCGUGCCCAGGCUGCAGCCGAGCCACGAGAGCCUGGCCGCCGCCCUCAGGAGCCACAGCACGAGCGCCGCCUCCGACGCCAGCAGGAUCCGCUCGGUGUCCUCCUUCGCGGACAACGGCGGCGGUCAGCAGGAGCAGGCGGGAGGGCGGCCGCGCUCGCACACCAGCGCCGCCGCCGCCGCGCAGCAGGAGGGGCAGGCGCACGGGUCGUCCGUGGCCAUGCUGGGCUCCAGGCUGCGGAGGACGCAGACGCAGGGGCGGGGCAAGGGCCACGUCGACGUCCUGGACAUCGAGAGUCUGAUCCUGGACAGCGAGGAGGGAAGUGAAUACUAGGCUUCGGGGUUUCCGCGAAGCAGAACCGCGAGCUCCGGGUUUCCGCCGAGGAGCAGCGACCCCAGGGCUUCGAGUCAGCAAAGGCGGCAGCGAAUGCGACCUCGAGCGUCGGAACUUCAGAUGGAGGAAGACACAUCUGCUGAUACCCAUAUUCUUUCAUGCAACUGCAGUGCCUUGCUCUAUUGACAGAUGUAUCACCUUUAUUUUUAGGCUUAAGCAGAAUGGUUUAUUUUUCAGAGAUUGGGAUUACAGUUUUAAUGCAUUCCUCAUUUAUUCGAACUUCAAUGGUAAAAAGUCUUUUUUCGUUUGAAUGCCAUCAUCAAAACUACUGUUCUUUCAUUAUUGAUCAAACAGUGCCUUAUAAACCUGCUAAAUUUUUAAUGGUAACGUGAAUUAAUUAGUGUAAUUGAGCAGUAAAGAUACGAGAAUUAUACGUGCAUACUAGUCUGUGUGGGAAUGAUUUUUGUACCGUGUUCAUUGUUGGUCAGUAUUGCAUAAUUUUCGGGGAAUUGUGAAAUAAAACGAAACAUAUUU